AUGGGCCAGCCUAGAUGCUGCCGCCGCUUCGUAGCGCACCACGGGCGGCCCUCUCAUCUCAACUAUGUCAAGUCCUUCUACACCAAUACGGGGGCCUAUGAGCUUACCUUGCACGCCGCCGACGUCCAGGCCUUUUCCGACCUGCAGAAAGAAAUCGAGGAGGGCCGCAAGUUUACUAGGGUCCGGAUGUUCGUGCGGGGUAAGAUCGACUUUGGCGAAAUUUCAUGGUCGACACCCGGAGACGCAUCAGGUGAAAGCCCAUUCCAACCUGAACGGGGCCUGCUCCGCAAGAUUGUUACGACUGCGGAUGCCAUCUGCGUGACAACGCACAUUACCUGGGAAAGAUCGUACGCUGGCUUUAGUAGGAACGUGGCCAAAGGCAUGAUUCUGGAGGAGGCACCCCUCCUAUAG